AUUGAGGGACUCGGAGUUGUAGAAAAGAAAAAAGUCAGCCAGCAGUUCUCUGCCGAGACCAGGGAGCAGCGUAGGUCUUCACCUCCGGGUUUUUACUUUAGAAAGUUACUCUCUCUCUCUCUUCAGAAGUGCUCGCAGAACUGAUGAUACACACAGAGCGCGUUCACGACGAAGUUAUAUCAGGCUGAAGUUGCUCGUCUUAAACUUUGGAAGAUGAUUUCUUGCAUGCCCUGGUGCGCUGCUCUCCUGCUGCCUCUGCUGAUAUCAGCCCAGUAUCACGGGGACAACGGAAUCGUCGUCCCGGAGCAUGGCUUUUGCCAGCCGAUCUCCAUCCCUCUGUGCACGGACAUAGCCUACAACCAAACCAUCAUGCCGAACCUCGUGGGCCAUUACAACCAGGAGGACGCAGGGCUCGAGGUGCACCAGUUCUACCCGCUGGUGAAGGUACAGUGCUCUCCGGAGCUCAAAUUCUUCCUGUGCUCCAUGUACGCGCCCGUGUGCACGGUCCUGGAGAAGGCCAUCCCGCCCUGCAGGUCCAUCUGCGAGCGGGCCAAGCAGGGCUGCGAGGCCCUCAUGAACAAGUUCGGCUUCCAGUGGCCGGACCGCCUGCGCUGCGAGAACUUCCCGGUGCUGGGAGACGGGCAGAUCUGCGUGGGGCAAAACGACUCCUCCGCCGCCACCGUCCCGCCCAUCAUCCCCAUCCCGGGCACCGACGUCCCCACGCACGAGAGGGCUUUCCGUUGCCCCCCGGUCCUCAAAGUGCCCCCGUACUUGAACUACAAGUUUUUAGAGGUGAAGGACUGCGCAGCUCCCUGUGACCCGUCGAGGAGCGGCGGCUACAUGUUCUUCAGUGACAAAGAGAUCCAUUUCUCCCGCAUCUGGAUCCUGGUGUGGUCUGCGCUCUGCUGCGCGUCCACCUUAUUCACGGUGACCACCUAUUUGGUGGACAUGCAGCGCUUCAGAUACCCCGAGCGACCCAUCAUCUUCCUGUCCGGCUGCUACACCAUGGUGUCCGUGGCCUACAUCGCCGGAUACUUCCUGGGAGACAAAGUGGUGUGCAACGACAGCUUCAGCCCCGAGCGCUACAAAACCAUCGUCCAAGGCACCAAGAAGGAAGGCUGCACCAUCCUCUUCAUGAUGCUCUACUUCUUCAGCAUGGCCAGCUCCAUCUGGUGGGUCAUCCUGUCCCUCACCUGGUUCCUGGCGGCGGGCAUGAAGUGGGGCCACGAGGCCAUCGAGGCGCACUCCCAGUACUUCCACCUGGCGGCCUGGGCGGUGCCGGCCGUCAAGACCAUCAGCAUCCUGGCCAUCGGGCAGAUCGAGGGCGACGUGCUCAGCGGCGUGUGCUUCGUCAGCCUGAGCAGCCUGGUGCCCCUGCGCGCCUUCGUGCUGGCCCCGCUCUUCAUCUACCUCUUCAUCGGCACCUCCUUCCUGCUGGCGGGCUUCGUGUCGCUGUUCCGAAUCCGCACCAUCAUGAAGCACGACGGCUCCAAGACGGAGAAGCUGGAGCGGCUGAUGGUGCGCAUCGGCGUGUUCAGCGUGCUCUACACCGUCCCCGCCACCAUCGUCAUCGCCUGCGUCUUCUACGAGCAGGCCUUCCGCCCCCACUGGGAGCGCAGCUGGGUCAGCCGCAACUGCAGGAGCCUGGCCAUCCCCUGCCCCCCGCAGACCGGGCCCCGCAUGACCCCCGACUUCACCGUCUACAUGAUCAAGUACCUCAUGACGCUGAUCGUGGGCAUCACCUCCGGGUUCUGGAUCUGGUCCGGGAAGACGCUCCACUCUUGGCACAAGUUUUACACGAGGCUGACGAACGGCAAACAAGGCGAGACCACAGUGUAGAAGACGGGGGAAUGUGAUCAAAUGUUGACUGGGGGGGGGGGGGGGUGUAUUAAUGUGGACCUGUUAGUCUUGUGAUAGGUAAGGUGGCCACAGAGGGUCUCACGGCACACGCAUACCUGCCAAAAGGAGGGUCAGGCUUUGACAAAAGGGGCAAGCUGGAUAAACAAGGACUGAGCCGGACCGUCUGCACAAAUAACAAGCAUGCCCCCCCCCCCCCAUUAAAGCCAACAUAAUCUCACGUUGAGUGACAAUCCAGCAGCCGGAGGAGCACAGAGGAUGAGCGGCGGUGUGUUCUCUCUGCAAACCUUUUCAAAUGGAAUUAAAUGACAUUGUAAAUAGUAUUUGUAAAAACAUGAAAUUAUAUAUUUGUAUUUAUAGAAAGUAAACCCUUUUUUCCUUGUCGGCCAGUGUAAAUAACUGUACUUUUGCGCUGUGAGAAUGACACAUACUGUAGCUCUAGAUGAUUAAUUGCUGUUUUUGAAUGACGUUGUUUUUGUAUGAAUUAAAAGACCGUUUCAGUCCGUUGGACGACCUCCAAGAA